AUGCGACUGUUCUCACCCUCGCUUCUCGCCUCGCUCACUCGAACGUUCCGACCAAGGAUGGUUGAAAACCUAACGUGUGCUGUUGGCCAUGCUGUGUCGGAAACAUCCAUGCCACCACCUCCAGAGUUCAUAGAACAUAGGAUAAAAAUUUGGGAAAAGCUUAAACAAGAAUAUGACGCUUUUGCAGCUAAUCAGCCACGAAUUCUUAUCGCCAUAACCCUUGCCGAUGGCAAUUGCAUUCAGGGCACAGCCUGGGAGACCACUCCAACUCAAAUUGCCUUAGGUAUUCGUAAGUCGCUGGCUGAGUCCUGUGUCAUAGCAAAAGUAAACGGUCAAUUAUGGGAUAUGGACCGUCCACUUGAGGGUGAUUCGACUCUGGAGCUUCUUAAGUUUGAUAACAAAGAAGGUCAACAAGUAUUUUGGCAUUCGUCGGCUCAUGUGUUAGGAGAGGCCUUAGAGCUCUUCUUCUCUGGCCAUUUAUGUUAUGGGCCCCCAAUUGAGGAGGGUUUCUAUUAUGAUAUGUGGCAUCCAGAUUGGUGA